CCACCUAUCAUAAACCAAGUUAACGUUUAAAUAACACAAAUACGGUUUUAGGGGAAUUACUUUAAAAUCAAUAGUUUGUCCAUGUAAUUCAAAAAAUAGAAUGGUUCAUGUGGUUUUUGACAUGGCUUAAAAGUUUGUGUGUAAAAUAGCCGGGAACAACUAGUUCAUAAGGGAAUAAGUCAUUUUUCUAUUGUUCAUGUGAUUUUUGGUAUGAUUUAAAAGUUCAUGUGUGAAAAAGCCGGGAACAACUAGUUCAUAAGGGAAUAAGCCAUUUUCCCAGAAAAAGGCUAUACACCUUCAAGAAAAAGUCGAUUUGAGUCGCAUGCAUUAUCCAAUUUGUUGUAUUUAAAUUUAAGAAAAUGAAGGAGAUAGAGAUUGUAGUAGUGUGUAUGUAUGUAUGUAUAUAUGUCAAAAAUCAAUAAUCACCACGAGUUUUAUUUUUCUUUUCCAUUGUAUAAAAGUGAAGAAAAAGAAGAAGGUAAAGAACUUAUCCAAAUGACAAAAACAGAGAGUGAAUUUAAUUGUUAGAGAAAGAGUACAAAAGUAGUAAAAGCAAAGUUUAUCCACAACAUCAACAAGAAAAACACGUGGCAAAAUGGAGAGAGCUGAAGACGGCGGCAGAGCCACGUGGGGAUCACGUGAACCCAUCUCCGUCUCAUCAGAAGUUGGUUAUAUAAUAGACCGUUGGGGAGUUAGGGCAAAACCAAAAAACACCAAAGUCAUCAUCAUCAAUAACUAUCAUUAUCCAUUUCUCUUCCUUGUCUCUCUCUCUCACAAAUCAACAUCUUGAGAACGUCUCUCUCUGGCUCUACUCUUAACAAAGCUCAUUGUGAGAUUAUAAUUAGUACUUAAUCAUCCAUGGAUAAGAAGAAAACCAAAGCUACUUCCUCAUCUUCUUCACCUUCUUCACUUGAUCAUCUGUUUGGUCCCAAAGGAUCAACCUCUGCUACUUCGGCUUCUUCUUGUUCAACUAUACUCGACUCCAUUUUCCCUCCUCCUGUAUCAAAGAAGAACGGAAAUCACACUGCUUAUGAAGUUCAAAGCAGCAUUUCUCAAACCACUGAUGAGAGAAGCAUCCAUGAAAAGAGAGAAGCGUCCUAUUACAGUUCCUCCAUUUACUACGGAGGUCAGCAACACUAUUCACCUCCACGAACUGAUGGCUCCUCCACUUCUCCAUCUCAUCACCACAAAGAAACCGAAGAUCGAACCGAUGACACAAACGCUACUUCCAGGGGAAAUUGGUGGAAAGGUCCUUACCUUUCUAUACCUUAAUUACCUAGUAAUUAAUCUCUAUUUCCUUAAUCACUAUAUCAACAUAGUGGUUUCAUUGUUGCAGGUUCUUUGUAUUACUAAGAGGACCAACCUAACUAGUCCACUUGAUUUCAGCAGUGGCAAUAUAUGGACGCAUUCAUAUCCGUAACUUCGCAGUGUGAUGUUUUAGUUUGUUCAUCUUUUGUUUUUGGUUGUAACCUUGCAUAGUUUAAGAUGGCGAUUAUUUGACCGCAUCUACCACUAAUGUAUAAAUAAAAUACUCAUGCUCCUAGUAACAAGUUAUAUUUCCAUGAU